GAGUGAUUGCUCAAUGCAAGCACGCAGAAUUUUUCAUUUUCAGCUAUAACUUUAUAAUUCCAUUUUACAAGCUUAGGAAAAGCCUUAAUGUAUGAAAAAUAAAUGAGUAGGAGCAAAUUGAUUGGUUUGCUUUGAUAAAGAAGACAUUCGAUUGCACCAGACCAUUUGAAGGUUUUGUAUAUGUUUGUAAAGAAUACAAAACUCAAAAUCAGUCAGGUUGUAUAUUAUUUAGAAAACAUAUUGACUUGAUUAAAAGUUUCUUUCGUUAGAACGUUCAUGGUGACCUUAUGGUUAAUUCAUAUAUGUUAAUGUUUGAAUAGAGAAUCAAUCAACCUAUCAACUUGAGAAUGAUUACUACAGUUGAAAAAGAACCUGUUCCUCGAAAACGAAGAGUGAUUAGUCAGGUUGCACAAGCUUGCCUUCGAUGUCGACAAAAGAAAGUUAAGUGCUCAGGUGAAAAACCUGCCUGCCAAGCUUGUUUGAACAAUAAUGUGGAAUGCGUCUGGCCUGAUCGACCUAACAUGAGAGGGAAACGUUCCUCUCCAUCCUUUGCUAAUCAUUUGUCCUCGAAAGUUGGCAGUUUGGCUGGCCAACAACAUACGCACCCAGAAUUGGACACCAUAAAUUUACAGAUACCGUCAUAUUUUCCUGUUCAAUCAUUUUCGAACACGGUCUCCCCAUCGUCUACUGAUUCCAUGGAGUUUCCCCUAUCCAUCACAAGUAUAGAGGAUCAACAAAAGCAGCUUAAAAUACCUUCCAAUCGAAAGUUACUCCAAAUGUGGGAAAUUUUUUUGAAAACGUCGUAUACUGAACUUUAUGGUAUAUUUAAUAAGCCAUGCAUAACUUCCCAGAUAUCAAAAGGUACUAUUGAUCCAUUAUUGGCGCUUUGCAUUUGCGCUCAUGCUGCCAGAUUUUCUCAAGAAGAAAUCAAUAUAUUCAAGUCCCCUUCUGCUGCCUCUGAUUUUUACGCAAAAAACGCAUUUUCACUUCUCUCGUUUCAACUGCAAGACAUUUCGUUAAUUAAUAUAUCCGCGUUACUGAUGCUUUGUUUAAUAGAACUCGGUGCUGGCAGAAGUUCAAAGGCAUGGUUGCUGUUGGGAAUGGCUUUGCGGAUGGCGGAUUCGUUGGAUUUGGGCAAUGACUUUAGCGAAGAAUCUUUUUCCAGUAUACCUGCAAUGUCUAAUUGGACAGAAGGCGAACAACGGCGAAGAACAUAUUGGUCUUGUUUUAUGAUUGAGCGGCUUCUCGCUACAGGGUUUAUGGCUCCUUCUAAACUUCGAACCGUCUCCCUCAGUCCAAACAAAACUUCAAUCCAACUUCCUUGUCCUGAAGCUAAUUUUUUCUUUUCUCAGCCGAUUGUAACAGAACUUUUUGAUGGAUCUAUACCACAGAACGCUUUGGAAGGUCAGUCUCAAACUAGUUCUAAAAGUACAGCAAAUGACUAUUUAAGUUUUACGAUGGGAAGUCUUAUUCGUCUGUCGGAUAUAUGGAGUGAUAUUUCCCGAUGGGUGCUUCGUGGCGGAUAUUCACAAGAUAUUGUACCCCCUUGGAUGCCGCAGUCUCUAUUUCAACAAAAAUUGGCUGUUUUAGAGAGUUGGCUAAAAAACCUUUCCCCGCGACUGAGCUUGACAGACGAAAAUUACAGUAUAUAUAGUGUUCCUGGCGAUUUUUCUGGUGGUUGUUUUGUCUUCAUGCAUACAUUGUUCCAUGUUACAUAUGUUUAUCUAUUAAGAAACACCUUAGACUUAUUUCCAGCGAAUAUGCAUAAGUCAGGAUUGUUUGCAUCAGUAUCCGAACGAUAUGGACAAACUGUACCUACCUCAUGGAUGGAGAUGAUUUUGAGUCAUUUAUUUAAUUCUGCAAAUACAAUAACAAGACUCUCAAUAGAACCUUUAAAUUAUGCGAUGACUCCUUUUUUUGGGUUUUCAGUCUUGACGGCUUCCACCAUUCAUAUGCUCAACAGGUUUUGCUUACAAACAGGAAAUAACGAGUAUCUCAAUGCUUUACAAUUUACCAGAAUUGACUACUUGAUAUUACGUGAGCGUUCCAAAUACUGGAAUUUCAAUAAAGGAAUGCUAAACACUUUUAAAAUGAUCUAUAAUUACUACCGAUUCCAGUAUCUUGAAAAGCCGCCCUUUGUAAAAUAUGGGAUUCCAGGAUUUCCUGCUUCUAUUUUGGAAUAUGGAACAACGAUGGAAGAUUCGACUUCCCCUUUAAACCGGGAAUUUCCGUUCCCAAGAAACUAUUUAAUGUCUUCCAACGAGUUUGUAGAUUUGCGAAACGAUUUAGACGGUGAUAAUAGCGUUAGAAGCCAAGACGUUUCCGCAGAUUUUGACACUACUACAGAGACUGAACUGUUUAUAACUCAUAACGAUUUGCCUUUUGAAGAAGUUCAAUGGUGGAGUAAUGUAUUUGAUACCGAAGAAAGAUCUAACUUGUUUGAACUUGGUCGAGUCUGACUAUUUUUCUGACACUAUAGUGUUUAUAAUAAUUUGUAUAUAAUCUUUGGUUUAAUUUUAAUAAUACUUGUUUUUUUUUUGUUUCUGCUUA